AUGGCUAGCACCUCCAAUCCCCCAAAGACAUCUGUGGAUGACGAGUUACGAGACAUAUACAAGACCUGCAUCGUGGGCAGCCAUAUCCUGCAUUUUCACGGAGUCCUCGAUGCAUAUGGGCAUCUCUCUGCCCGGCACCCGACCGACCCGACCGUCUUCCUGAUGCCCUGCAACCUCGCACCAGCGAACGUGGUAUCACCCAAGGACAUCGUGCAGUACCGCGUUGAAGAUGCGUCCGCGGUAGAUCCGAAUGCACCCCGGGGUUACCUCGAACGCUUCAUCCAUAGCGAGAUCUACAAGCGGUUCCCCGAGGUGAAGGCAAUCAUCCACAGCCACGCAUCGGAGGUGCUUCCCUACGCCAACACGUCUGUGCCAUUGCGGCCGUGCAAGGAAGUUCCCACGUUUGACAUUUCCAAACACUACGCCCCGGACGAGGCUCGCGACCUCCUUAUCCGCACGACAGGCCGCGGACGUGAUCUGGCCGAGUACUUCGUCUCCGCGUCGUCGUCGUCGUCGUCGUCGUCACCCACACAACACCACCAUCACCCGGUCGUACUGAUGCGGGGCCACGGAUGCACGGUCGUGGGAUCCGGUGUGCAAGAAGCCAUCUACCGCGCCGUCUACACCAAGCUGAACGCCGCGAUCCAGACGGCCAGUCUGCACCUUGCGCGACUCGGUGGUGGUGAGUCGGGCCCGGCUUCGGAGGUCCAGUAUCUGAGGGAUGACGAGGUCGACGAUACCUCGGAGAUGCUCAGGCACGCGUGGGGGAGGGCUUGGGGCCUGUGGCUCCGCGAGGUCGAGGCCGCUGGGCUGUACAGGUAUUCAGAGACGUGA